AACACGUUGUUUACAGCCACCCAGCUAUAUAACACUAAUUUGAGUUGGGGAGCUUUCGCUGGCUGAAAAAUCGACUUUUAUUUGAGCUUAAACCCAUAGAGCCUCGUACUAUGACGCGCUAAUCGGUGACCGUAUUAUUGAGUGCCAAAUUCUCGACUUAGUUGCAAUGUCUACUCGACUCUGCUAGCCCUAGUAUUGAGAAAAAUCAAUAGGAAGUAAAUAAAAAUGCUGCAUGCCUGAAACUCGCUUUGCGGAUACUCUUUAACUACGUAUAAUAAAUUUUUCUAUUGGUAACUGAGCUAUCCAAGAUGUACGGAAUCACUCAAUCAACUGUGAACAAUCAACGCUUUCGAGUUCGUGAUAUGGAUAACGAGCAGAUCAUGUCCACUUUUGGGAACAUAGGUCACCUGCUGAACAUUGCCGUGGAGCGAUUUAUAACCAUUGGCGAGAUCAUCGCCGAGGAGAAUAUUGACAUCAAGGGAGACAUGUACGAGGCGGCGAAGGAGGCCAGAGAUGCGGGAAAAUCGAUUGAACGACUUUGUGAUAUUUCACCUCUAAGCGGCAUGGAGCUGCGCCACCACAUCGAGCCCCUAAAGGACUAUGGAGCCAUUAUUUUGGCGGCCCGCUCCCUGCUGUCGUCCGUCACGCGCAUCCUACUGCUGGUCGACAUCAUAGUUGUGAAGAAGCUGCUGACCGCCAAGAAGCGGGCCUCCGAGAGCCUGGAGAAGCUGGAGUCGGUCAUGAACUUCACCGAGUUCGUGCGGGCCUUCUCCGUGUUCGGAACCGAGAUGAUUGAGCUGGCCUACCUCACGGGCCACCACCGCAACUCCUUCAAGGAGGAGCGGCGGCGGGCGCAGAUGUUCUCGGCCCGCCAGAUACUGGAGAAGUCCAUCGUCAUCCUGCUGACGUCCUCGAAGAACAGCCUGAUCCACAGCGACUGCGUGAUCGUGAAGGAGAACCGCGACACGGUGUUCUGCCAGAUCCGCAGGGCCAUGGACCUCAUCCACUUCGUGGUGAAGGACAGCAUCUUCGACUCGGCCAAGCACAUGCCCUUCGAGAAGCAGGCGAGCAACCCGAACUACGAGAACGAGAGCAUCUACACGACAAUAAAGCGCAUUGUGAACCUCAUCAAGCGGUACAAGUACCAGAUGAGCUACUACGAGGGCUCUGGCGAGGGCAACAACAACUCCGACGCCUACUUCAGUUUCCUGGACGAUGACCUGUGGAAGUCGGAGAAGAACCUGCCCUCGGCGGCGGGCGGCGGCCGCAUGGUGAACAACACGAACUUCAGGAAGCACCUCAGCUCCGAAAGCCUGGACCUGCGCGAGGAGCUCUCGCUCGCCUUCGAGAAGCUGUUCGAGAAGGCGCACGACUUCACCGACUCCCCCUACAUCAGCCACAAUCACCGGAAGAACAUCCUCUCCUACUGCGACAACUGCAAGCUGGAGUUCGACCUCUACCUGAACACCAUCAUGAAGGAUCAGCACGAGGACGGCGGCGGAGUCGGUGGAGUGGGAGGAGUGGGCGGAGGCCAGGUGAAGGGUCGGUCAGAUCCCGAACUGGGUAUGCUAAGCAGCCUGGAGGAGCUGUGCAAGCAGCUGGUCGUCUCCGUGUCCAGCCAGAUCGAGGACUUCAACGAGUCUCUCAAGAUCUGCUCCAAGCUGGUCAAGUCGUUCCACGUGCUGGCAACGAACUACGACAUCGACAAUCUGAACCAGCGCUCCUCGAAGUUCCACGACUGCUGCGACCACAUCUUCGACAUCUGCAAGCUGCUGCAGCACAUCGCGCCGACGGAGCGGCUGCAGGUGCAGGCCAAGUGCCUGGCCAUCAACCUGCGGAUCUACGGGCCGCAGGUCUUCAUCGCGGCCAAGAUCCUGUGGAAGUACUCCAACAGCAGUGCGGCCAACGAGAACUUCGAGUCCUUCUCGGACAUGUGGAAGUGGCUGACGAACGAGAUCUCCAUGAUCGCCAAGAAGAUCCUCGUCUCGAUCAACACCACCAAGGGUGACAGAGAGGUUGAUGCUGAGAAAUGCGAGAGCUCCUCAGACAAACUAACAAAAUCCGGUGUACCUGCAACAGAAGAGGGAGAAAUGGUUGAGUAUUCUGGCCUCGAAGGCAAGAACAACGGAGAUCUGAACACAUAUCAAUCAAAAUGGAGCGAAGACUUGUCGGACGACAACGACAUACUGAAGAGAGCCAAGAACAUGUCCGCGAUGGCUUUCCUAAUGUAUCAGUUUACCAAGGGCAAUGGUUCUUUAAGAACAACUCAGGAUUUGUUUACUCAAGCCGAAUAUUUUGCGGAGGAGGCCAAUCGACUUUACAAAGUCCUCCGCCACUUUUCAUACCAGGUUCCCGCCAGUGACAACAAAAAGGAUCUCCUCAACAUUUUAGAUAGAGUGCCGACUUUUGUCCAAGCUCUCCAGUUUACAGUCAAAGACCACACGGUUGGGAAAGCCGCCACUUUCGUGAAGGUCGACCACGUCAUCAGGGAAACCAAGAACCUUAUGAACGUUAUAAACAAAGUAGUGUCGAAGUGCUUUGAGUGCGCAACUAAGGUAUGAUUUUAGAGCUUUCGUUUGUUGCCAGAGGCGCAGGAGCAGCCUUUUGGUUUUUGAGGAUGUGCUCCAAUACCCGUUUCUAAACUCUCAAUCUUAUUAGUUACAUCUCUUAGUUUCGACUUUGCUAAUGUAGAUGGCGCUGUAUCUUAAUCUUAAUCGCUAACUUUCUGUUUUACGCAUGUAUGUAUAUAUGUAUCUUGAUGUAUUGAGUUUUGAGUUGAGUUGAUAGCUUGAUAAGAUCCCCCAAAGUGUGUUUAUCUAACCCAACUGUGAGCCUUAACCAACGAUUGGUUUUGGCCACUCAUGAGCUGCAGUGCCAGCUCCUCUACUAACUCCACCCUAAUCCUAAUCCUUGCUCCGCCUUGCAGUACAAACUAAAUUUAACUGGCAUAACCGGAGGACUCACCUCGGAGCGGUCGAACGAGAACAUGGCCGGCGGCAUGUGCGAUUCCAAGGGGACGA